AUGUUCUCGACUUCGUUCCUCGUUCUUGCGUUGGCCGCAACAGGCCUAGGACAGGUCGUGGUACCAGAAGGGUAUCGCAAGGUGUACAUCACCUCGGCGGUCGACGCCAAGUUCGUUAUUGUACCAAAGGCACCUCAGAUCAGGAAUGACAAGCCUGAACAACAGUGGUAUCUCAAGGAUGGUACCGGUGUUAGGAUCCAAUUGGCCGAAACCAACCUCUGCCUGGAUGCCGGUGCAAAGAAAACAGGUAACUGGAGAGAUAUGGGUACGCUCACCCUGAAGGAGUGCUCCGCUACCGAGCCGGCGCAGAAGUGGAACGUCAUGGCAGAUGGCCGCAUCGCGUUGGAGGACUCACCCCAGCCCCGUAGGCAACCCUUCUCCUUGACCAGAAAAAAAUCCAAGACAGAGGCUAAUGACCAAACAGAACAAUGCGUCGAUCUGGUGUACAUGCGCGCUACUCCCAACAACGCUGUCGGCUUGUAUACCUGCGCGGGGCUCGGUAACACUGGCGCAAAGGAUAAGGGCAUCAACUGGCCGCUGGUCAACGCGACGGCUCCAUGA